CAGUACCGUUGGUAGCAGUGGAAUGUCCACCUCGUAAAUAAUGGUAAAUAAAUGCUUCUUAUGUGAACUCGGAAAUGUAAUAAAAUAAAUAGUAUGAAUAAAUUAACAGAUUUUUGACACAUAAGGUGUACAUAUUUCCGUUUAUCUUAAAUGUUUAAACAACGAGAUCGUGAGUCGAUGCGAUUUUCCCGUAAUGUGAGGUUCGGUUGAGUGACAGGUGUCUUGAGUGAAAGGAGUGAAAGAACUGCGCUGAUCUGAAAGAGAUUCAAUAUGAUCGAGAUCACGGCGAAACUCGUUCGGGGACCCGUAUAUUUCUCUGGAGAAAUUAUAGAAUGUUUGGUCACGUUCACUAAUCCUCCAAACCCGAAUCAUCAAAUAUCGCAAAGCCACAGUGAUCUGUUCGAGAGUCUUGCAUGGGCAAGUGCACAAGUCCAUUGCCAGUGUACAACGAAUAGCAAGAUGGUGCUUUCUGAAAAGAUAAACACCAUGGCUCGUUCGAUAGCGAUCAAUGCAAAUACUACGUUCGCACCGUGGCAGCAAGAUAAUGGACAUGUGGUGUUGAAUACGAAACCAAAAAUUCUAUGUUGCGAUUUGAGACUGUCACCUGGAGAGAGCAAGACCUAUAUUUAUCGUGAGACAAUACCAAGUGACGCUCCACCUUCAUACAGAGGACAAGCUGUGAAGUACUCUUAUAAAAUUACGAUUGGAACCCAAAGAGUGAAUACAGUUAUAAAAUUGUUACGAGUACCAUUUAGAGUGCUCUCUUUAAGUGAAUUGCCAGAAAUUACAGCAUGCAAUGAUAGCGUAGAUUUAAGUCCAAACAAUCCAUUUAUGGAGACGCAGCACCGAGAAACGCCACUGGAUAUCGCUCUACAAACGCUGCAGAACUUGACAGCCAGACGCAGCCCAAAUUUCUACAACGUAACGAACGGCCGUGGCCGCGUGGUGCGGUUCUGCCUCUUCAAGAAUUCUUACAAGCUCGGUGAGGACAUCGUCGGGACCUUCGACUUCUCGAACGCGACCGUCUCCUGCGUGCAAGUGUCCGUGUCCCUGCAGUCGGAGGAACACGUGUCGGAGGAGUACAAACGUGGGAAGGUCGCCGCGCCGACGUUGAUCAGCUACAACAAGCAUCACGAGAUGUGCCUGGGCCUCAAGUAUUCCCACCUGGUGCUGCCGAUACCGCUGCACGUUACGCCGGAUUUCGUCACCGAUCUGGUGACGCUCAAGUGGCGGCUGCACUUCGAGUUCGUGACGACGCCGAAGCUGGUGGAGAUGCCCGGUGAGAACACCAUCAGCUGGCACGGUCCGUCGACCCUCGACGUCGAGACGAUGAUCUGGGAUCUUCCGCUGCACAUUCAUCCGACCACCACGCCUCCGAACACGGCGCAACAGACAAAGUACAACACCGUUAUAUAGCUAGCGUAACGCAAACGGAGCAGAUUAUAUAUUUCUGUAAAAUAAUUCUGUAAAUCAGAUUCUGUAAAAUAAUUUGUUAUGAAUACGUUGUUUACUUGAGUACUUUUAUAUCCAUAAUAAAUUUUGUGAUAAUAUAUAUAGCGUUUACCGGCAGCUGAAUCGCCGUUUAUUGCAUCCGUUAUUAUUGUUCGGAGUAUAACUUCUCAGGAAACUAAUAUAUGAUUGUACAGAAAUGAUGUAUUACAACAACAGAGAGAAAGAUGCUAGUUUAAUCGCUAUAAAUAUAAGGCACAUUAUAUAAA